CACCCGGCCACGGCGAUCUUCUUUCGGCACGUGAACGCGUCUUUCUGACCCACUCCUGUCAUGUCCGACGAACCCGACGAGUACGACGGCCAAACGAGCCUCAAGAAGAGGAAGAUCCAGCGCGCAUGUGACUCAUGCCGACGCAAGAAAAUCCGAUGCGAUGCGGCCCAGAUGCCCAUAGGCACGCAGUGCUCCACUUGUGCCUCGUACGGAUCCCAGUGCUCACCGAAUUCACAGAAACGGGGUCCUCCAAAAGGGUACAUCGAGAGCAUCGAAAGUCGCAUUGCAAGGAUAGAACAAUUUCUGAAGACAUCGGCCGGAAGCGCAUCAGGAACAUGGAGGCCAUCACAACCCACAGACGAAGACGAUGAUGUCGCUUUUCAGCUCAAUCUCACCGAAAAUCUGCAACGCCUUUCCCUGAACACCGAAAGGGACGAUCUGUUCUAUGGGCGGUCUUCCGGCACUAUGCUCUUACAGACUGCGUUGGACUACAAACAGCAUCUAGAGCCUCCAGCUGACCGCCGGCCCAUCCAGUUUUGGGCCGCACGUCCUGUUCAUGAACCCCAGCCUCGUGCACAGUACCGGUUCCCACCUCCGGAUCUGACAAAUGCUCUUGUGGAAUUAUACUUUGCCGAAGUGAACAGCUUUCUGCCCUUGUUGCACCGCCCGACAUUUGUUCGUGAUCUCAGGGCAGAGUUGCACCUGGUCAAUGAUGGCUUCGCUUCGACGCUUCUUCUUGUCUGCGCCAUUGGCGCUAGAUAUAGCCUUGACCCCCGCGUGCUCAUCUCCGGCAGCGACGAUCGAUACUCGCGCGGAUGGCCCUGGUUUGAGCAGGUGCAGCUGGUCCGCGAUCCGCUGGGCCCUUCGCCGACUGUGUACGAUGUGCAGUCCAAUGCCCUGUCUGUUACAUUUCUACACGGCUCGUCAGUCCCGCAGUGCUGUUGGACGCUCGUUGCCAUGGGUAUUCGUAUGGCGCAGGACGUCGGCGCCCAUCGACGGAAAGAUGGAACCCAUGUAUGGACAGUCGAGGAUGAAUUGUGGAAGAGAGCGUUCUGGUGCGAUAUCAUCGGAUUUAGCUAUAACCCCACUGACGACAAGACCUUCGAAGGGUUCUUAUUAUGCUGGAUAGGAUGUCUUCGCUCCAGCAUGGGCGGCCGGUCACGAUCCAGGACGAAGAGCGACUUUGAUCUUGAUUUCCCAAUUGAAUGCGACGACGAAUUCUGGGAAACUGAAGAUCCCGCCUUGGCAUUCCGUCAGCCGAAAAAUCGGCCAUCCACCAUUUGUGGUUUCAAUGCUUUCCUGCGGCUUUCCCAAGUGCUAUCUUUUGCUCUCCGAACUCUUUACUCCACUAUCAAGUCGAAAGCCUUAUUCAGUCUCACCAAGGACAAGAGCUGGAGCAGCCGCAUUGUCGCUGAAUUAGAUUCUGCUUUGGACAAGUGGCUGCGAGAACUGCCUGAACACCUGAGAUGGAGUUCCAUCAUGGAAAACGAAGAAUUCUUCCAGCAAUCGGUAUCUCUGCACUGCAGCUACUAUCACAUCCGGAUUACUGUUCACCGCCGACUCAUACCGAUGAACACGUCAACGAAAACGUCUUCCGCCUUUUCGUCUCUUGCGGUCUGUGUCAACGCAGCCAAAGCGUGUUGUCGUGUGGUGGACGCUUAUCAGCGCCGGUUUGGAGAUCGGCCUCUGCCGCAGAGCCAGCUGCCUGUUUACACGGCGGGAUUGAUACUGCUGUUGAACUACUGGGGCGGCGAGUACAACGGUCUGGGGCUGACCACCGACCCAAUCCAGGACUCUGCGGACGUCAAGCGCUGCAUGCGCUUCAUCAAAGCCGGCGAAGAGCGCUGGUUCUCUUCCGGCGUACUCUAUGAUCUUCUGUUUGAACUGAGCGACAUCGGCAGAUCGUUAGGCACGACCAUGCCCCAGAGCAAAAAGGACCGAGAUACGAAUGAAGCCAAGGAGCAGUUCAGGAGCCACGGCGACUUCAAAAACCACGGCGAUCCGCUCGAUGAUCCCGCUAGCAGCCGACGGCGGCCAAGUUAUCCGGUCGUCCCACCCAUCGAUACCCAGUUCCAUGUGCCCCCUGCCGGCUAUUACCAGGAGACCCCGAUCUCGGGAACGUCUCCCGAGCAAUACCGCGCGCACUCGUCAUACUCCUACCCGCAGACCUCGUUGUCGAGCGCCUCGAGUCGCAGCCGCGUCUCAGACGUCCAUCAUCUGCCUGCCGAAACGCCGCUCUCUUCGACUUCCGGCCAUCGAAGCCACUACGAGGAGCCACCCAAAAGAAUGGGAUACGUUCCUGUUCCUGCUGGAUAUGCCGCCAAUCAACCAGCGCGCAACUGGUACCCGGGCGGUGACACGACCAUGUCACACCCGCCCUCGGCACCUCCAUCCCAAUCCCCAUCUUUCCCCGUCUCCGAGGCUUUCUACAACCAUAUUGCCACCAAUUAUUCGCCAUACCAGGACCAUCCGACUCACAGGCACAUUCCCCGCGAGGAUGGAAUGCAAAUGUGGAGUGCUUGGGACGCUUAUCCGAGCCAGGGGUCAGACCCAGACCCACGACUCCGCUAAAUACCACGCUAGAUCUGCCAAAUACCAUCUGUAUUGUACUUGCAUAACUUACUUGAAUACUAAGUUAAGUACGUUGUUGAAAUCGAUAGAAUGUAUCUGGCUGUGACCCAUUGUGUCACACUUGUCCAAUCAUCAUUCGCAUCAGAUGUCAGAGAAAAAUGUUGAGCGCAUUCGCCGCUCGCAAGGCACAGGCCGCGAACGCGCCGCCCGCCUCUGCCUCAGCUCCACCUCAGCCGGUCUCGAGCAGCAAUGUUAUUCAACAGCAGAUUCCGCAGUCUCCGAUCUCUGCCCGACCGAUCUCCAAGCGAAAAUCAAGUUCGCAGCAGCAGACCCCGCCCUCAUCGAAGAAGCACAAAAAGAAACGCGAGCCGGAGGUGAGGCGCGUGCGGUACUUUGAAAACGCGCUGGAAGAGCGCGAGCCGGAUCUGAUCGUGAUCGACUCUGAGGAGGAAGUGGAGGUGGAAGCGGAUGAAUCGACGACGACACCAACAACGACAUCUCGCCCACCCCAGACUGGGCAGCGUGCAUGGUCUCCUAGUGCCCCCUUAAACGACUCUUCCGAAGACGAAGAUGAGGAGGAUCAAAGUAAUACUUCAAGGGCUCCCGCCAGCACUCCGCUCGUUCCGCACAUCCCUCUCACGACGUUCCAUGCAGUCCCUGACGAGACGCUCUUCUGCCUCGGACAUGAAGAAAAGCUGCUCCUGGGUCUCUCCGGUGACGCAGCGGCCUCGCUGCUUGUGCUGACGCCGGGGCAAACACUCACCUUGCUCGGCGUCUAUGCGCUCACCGUCCUGCGCGGCGCAGUAUCGCUGUACGGGGUCACGCUGAACGCGUCUCCGGCGGCGCAACGCGUCUACGCGCCGAGGAGCUCGGCCCUGGCCGUACUCAAGGCCAUCGCGACGUCUGCGCGUGCGGGGCUGAACAAGCUGGACGUGCCGCCGAGAGCACGGGCCGCAUGUGCGGAGGGGCGAGCGGUCGUGGUGUUGCAGCAGCUCAAGACGGGAGUGGAGGGACUUGGACGGAUCGUGCAGACGUUCGGCGGGGUGUUCGAGCCGUCAAGGCGGAUGGACGAGGCGGAGGACGUGCUCCAGAUCCCAGGCGUGUAUGCGGUCGCGCGUCAAAGCAAGGAUCUUUUGCCAUUCGUGAUUUCCCCAAGUUGGGAGGCGGGCCUGGCCUCCGUGUCUGAUGCUCCGUCCGGGAUAUUUCUCGUCAAAGGCCACAAAAAGGCAGGGAAAAGCACUUUUUGUCGGACAUUAGUGAAUCAGUUGCUUGGCAGAUUCAGCAAGGUGGCCUAUCUUGAAUGCGAUCUAGGACAAUCUGAAUUCACGCCCGGUGGGUUGGUGGCUCUGAAUAUUGUUGAAAAGCUCGUGUUUGGCCCUCCGUUCUCACACCCAAGCAUCCCGAAUUACGCUCACUACAUUGGGCAGCUGACUCCGCGGUCUUCGCCCUCGCAUUAUCUAAGUGCGAUACAAUCUGCGAUAGAAAGCUAUCAGCUGGAUGUCCAGACGCCAGCGACCCCGGGACCGGAUGAAGGACGGAUAUCAGCCUGCAUCCCGCUUGUGGUGAACACGAUGGGCUGGUCGAAAGGUCUGGGGGCUG